CAAACUAAUUAUUGUAAUUCUAUGACUAUACUUUUGCUAUGGCUGUGACGUCGGUACGUAUAUGCACGGGCCAAGUCGCGGAAUAGAACGAUUCUUUGCACAUGCGCGCUUGCUCUUGGGCGAUUGAGUCACUUUCCAGGUCCAUGCAGCGCACUUCACCCCACUUUGUCUGCCCCGCGCUCUUCCAAGACGCCCUCCGAUACACUUUCGCAUUCCGCAAAGUCAGCCCAAAACCUAUCCGCCUUCGCGUUCUCGCACCCCGCCGCCGCUUCUGCACACAAAAUUCGCUUAUAGGCUUCGACGAUAUGGGCAAAGAAGACAAGAGCAAGUCGUUCAACCUGAAGGUGCCCAAGGGCACACGCGACUGGACCGGCGAGGAUGCCGCACUUCGCGAUCACCUGUUCCAGACCGUGACGGAAGUCUUCAAGCGCCACGGAGCCACGACACUCGACACGCCUGUCUUCGAACUCAAAGAGAUCCUCAGCGGCAAAUAUGGAGAAGACUCGAAGUUGAUAUACGAUCUACAGGAUCAAGGUGGUGAGCUCUGCUCACUGCGUUACGAUCUUACAGUCCCGCUUGCACGAUGGCUCGCCAUGAACCCUAGUGUGCAGAACUUCAAGAGAUACCAAAUCGCCAAGGUGUACCGUCGUGACCAACCGGCAAUGACCAAGGGACGUAUGCGAGAGUUUUACCAGUGCGAUUUCGACAUUGCGGGCUCGUACGACGCCAUGAUUCCCGAUGCGGAAGUCCUCAAGAUCGCAACCGACGUCUUCGAAGCGCUCAAGUGGGACUCAUACACAAUCAAGAUAAAUCACAGGAAGAUCCUGGACGGCAUGUUCAAGGCAGCUGGUGUCAAGGACGAACUGAUACGGCCAAUCAGCUCUGCAGUGGACAAGCUAGACAAACUACCAUGGGUUGAGGUGAAAACAGAGAUGGAGACCAAGGGACUGCCUGCGGACAUUGCGGACAAAAUUGGAGAGUGGGUACAGCGCAAGGGUGGAGACGAUAUCAUCGAGUAUCUCAAGACGAACGAGACUCUCUCCAAAUCAGAAGAUGUCAUUCAAGGUGUUAAGGAGAUGGAGCAGCUCUUCGCAUACCUCGACGCUUUUGGCGCCCGCAAGAAUGUCUCCUUCGAUCUCUCACUCGCUCGUGGUUUAGACUACUACACUGGUCUGAUCUAUGAGGUUGUUACAGAAGGCUCGGCGCCGACUGGGAAAGGCCAAAAACAAGAGAUUGGUGUAGGAAGUAUCGCCGCAGGUGGUCGUUACGACGGGCUGGUGGGCAUGUUCAGCGGCAAACCCAUUCCCUGCGUUGGUAUCUCUUUCGGCAUUGAUCGAAUUAUCAGCAUCAUGAAGGCCCGCGGCCAGUCGACACAACGCGCCAAGGACGUAGAUGUCUUCGUUAUGGCCUUUGGUGGCAAGGGCUUCACCGGCCUAUUGACGGAGCGUAUGCAGGUUGCUCAAGAGCUGUGGGCUGCAGGCAUCAAGGCCGAGUUUUCUUACAAACUGAAGCCCAAGCUUCCACAACAAUUCAAGCAAGCUGAAACAGCAGGUGUUCCGCUCGCCGUCAUUCUUGGCGAGGACGAACUCAAAGACGGCAAGGUCAAGAUCAAAACCCUCGGAAUCAAGGACGAGAACGACACUGAGAAGAAUGGUGUACCGGUCGAGCGGAGCAACAUGAUCGACGAGAUUAAGAGGAGGCUACCAAGCGCGGCUUGAUUGUCUUUGACGGGCCGGACAUGCGGACUGAGAGCGCACUUAUAGAUACCCAUACAUAGACUACUUUCUACCGGUUCACUUAAUCGGGUGCUCACAGCAGUAUCCGCGAAGGACUAGGCAUAGGGAUAGCCUGCGACGACAAAAGCCUGGACACUCUUGUCC